AUGCCAGAUCCCGAAAGCUUCCUGAAUCCCUGUACUAUAGGGACCAUCACAUUUGAAAAGGCACUGUGCAACCUUGGCUCGAACAUCAACCUUAUGCCUCUUUUUGUGAUGAGGAAGCUGGGAAUCCAAGAGGUUCAUCCUUCCAAGAUCCCAUUAGAGAUGGCAAAUAAGUCCCUGAAAUGGACAUAUGGACUAGUAGAGAACGUGCUUGUAAAGGUUGAUGACAUUUACCUCCCUGUGGACUUCAUGAUACUUGACACUAGAGAGGAUAAGAACGACUCCAUCAUUCUAGGAAGGUCCUUCCUAGCUACUGGAAAGGCAUUGAUAGAUGUUAAGAGAGGAGAGUUGAGCCAUACAGAGCCCCCUGACAUCAACUCUAAGUUUGGUGUUGGGUGUUCACAACUAACCACUAAGAAAAAAGGCACAAAGAAAGUACCCAAGGGCUGGUGGAACAAGAAGAUUUCAACUGAGGACUUAUCACCUGGCAUGAGAGUUCUCUUCACAAGAAGUCCAGUCAUUCCACAUACUGUGAACCAGAUCCUAUCUUUGGAACAUGUUAAGCUAAUUCACAAGUGUACAGGAAGGAAGUUCACCAUGAAGAGUGAAGAUCUAAGCCCCUAUCAACCUCCGUAA